AUGAAGCCUUCCGUGGUGACAUGUUUUCUGCUACUCCUUGUCUUCGGACUUGGUAGCGGAGCUCAUGCUCCGUUGCCAGGGCCGACUUGGGAAGUGGCAUCAUCUCGCCUUCACCGGCGGAUGCGGCUGCACGGCGCAGCACAGUUUCGAUCGUGGACCAGGUGGAGCAAGCCAGACGGUACACCCUUUUCUCCACAUCUACCUGGCCGCGGUCCCCGGAAUUCGCGUGAAAGCACGCCAUACAUGACGUCCUUUUGGUAUUCUCAUCACGAGAUGUAUGCCACCGAGCCCUUUACACCGGACUGGGUCGACGAAUGGAGCGCGCACGUAUACGGCGACGCGCAACCGGACCCGGACGCUACGAUCGGCUACUCCGCCAUGGCUUUUACAGAAGCGGGCUACCUUCUGCCCCAGCAAAAUCGCUUGAGCGCAGUUGGCGGCGGACAGGAAAGAUGUGGCCUACGGGCCUUUCCAUUCGUGUCCGUCCCCAAUGUGCUCCUGAUUCUGCUGGGACAGAUGGUGGCCAUUUGCAAAGCCCUUUGUGCUGUGUGCCCAUCCCUGGGCAUUGUGUGCGUGCUCGCACUCCUGGUGUCUGUCACUGGGGACAGCGAGCACACUGCAGCCACAGCUGCAACAGAUGUCCUCACGUGGUCCAUCGCGGCAGAGGGUGAUCCUUCGCGAAAGGCGGCUCUCCUGACUAUGAGCCUCAAGGGAACUGCCUACGAGUUUUGCCGUACCAUACCGCCUAUGACCCUCAUACACGGGGGGGCCAUAAAUGGCCAUCAUGUAGACCCACUCACAUACAUCAUGCAUGCCUUGGCCGAGCGAUUUGCUGACCUGGGUGAAGAACUGAGGUUGACCAGUAUCACAGACCUGUUUAACUUUAGUCGCCAAGGCAAUGAAAGGAUCGACGAAUUAAUCACCCGGUUUGACUUGAUUCGUCAACGCUCUUUUGAUCUGGGACAGCUCACGAUGUCAAUCACCGGACUAGCAUACAUUCUUUUGCGCGCCUGCGAAGUCAACGACUCGGAGUUGUUGCAGCUUCUGUUGCCUCUCCAGGGUAGAUUCCCUAAUGAUGAACAGGAGUUCCAGGUCCUGAAGACCCAGCUCCGUAGGAUGGGACACAUAGUGGAACACUCUCCAGGUAACAUAGCUGCAGCCCUAAGAGGACGUAACUCCCAACCCCAAUACCUCGCCACGGACCCCAGUGUCAGCACUGCCGAGCACCAUGCAGCGUACAUGGCUCACGGGGCAGCAGAGCAGUCCAGCAGCGCCGCCGCUAGUUGGGGUUAUGGGGGAGAUGAGUUUAGCGGUUCGGGGUUGCAGUUCGAGGUCCAGCAACAGAGUGCCUUCCUUGCUGAUCUCGAGUCUGACGGGGCCACCGACACGGACACUGCAUCAUCGACCGGCCAUACUGAGGUCCCGAGUGCCACUCCCGAGGGCUGGACAGAUGAGGCGUCGUUGCAAGAACAUCUGUUCUGGUCCUACAGCCGCGCAAAGGCCACCUGGCGAAAGUACAUGGGUCGUCCCACGCGCGCUGUGCGCCGCUUCACCAGGCGGUACAUCGGCCGGCAGAGUGGCAAGGGCAAAGGGAAGAACAAAUCCUGGGGAAAGGGCAGGCGGCCAAAUGUUGCAGCAUUCCUUGCCUCUCUAGACGACGAGGAGGAUGGUCAAAGGAUGCGAUGCUUUAGAUGCGGGAGCGAAAAUCACUUGAGCCGUGAGUGCCACCUCCCGCGCACCGACGGGCAUCAGCAUCAAGUCAGCACAGCAGGCGCUGCCCCUAAUCCAAAUUUCUAUGCCAGCGCUGGCGUAGCUGACGAGAUCCCUGCCCAAGGCCCUUUGGCAGAUUUUGUGUUCAUGGCCGUCCCCUCAGACCAGGCAGCCGGGGACACAGACAGUUCCUGGUCUUUUGCCACAGACAACGAUGCGUGGGCCACCUAUCUUCGCAGUCGGGGUGCCUUCCACCCGCCAGGCAGCAACGCGCAAAGCUCCCAAGCACAGGCAGGCGCACAGGCUUCCGCAAACACUGCUGGGUCCAUGCCCCACCCUCCUCAUAUGGGUUAUAGUGGUUUAGGCCCUAACCCGUGUGCACGUGGACCCGGCCCGCAGGUGCCUCCAGGUAUGCAGGCAGGUGCACAGGUGCCUCUUCCACCAGUCGCCACACAGGUCAUUUGGACCCAGUCGCCCCCCACGCUACCAACGUGGGCGCAAAUGCCUUUGUUCAGCUUUCUGCAACCUACUCACCAUGAAGCCCCCGCCCACGUACCUCUGGUGGGUGGGCUGCAUGGGUCUGGAGAACCAGGCCUGUCUUCCUUAGAGGGGCCCGCCACCCAUGCCAUAGAUGGCCUGGCCGCAACAACUGUGCUCACCACGCGACGAUGGUUGGGGGAAGCCAUAGAGGGUGAGCCAGGCAUGGGCAUCGUGUCAAGGCUUGAAGGAGCGCAGCAGGGCCAGAUCGAAACCUUUCGUCAGGCCCAACAGGUGGUGCAAACCCGACGCUCGCAACAACGCAACAGGCAUCGGCGUGUGAUCCAAGUCCCUGACACCUGGGAUCAUCACGACUACGAUGCCCUGGAUGACAGCUGCGCCCUCUGUCGUGAGGAGUAUCUGGAGAGGGACAGUGUGGUGCGGCUUGUGUGCCGGCAUUUGUACCACACUGCAUGUUGGACUGAAUACCUCAUGCACCCUCAAGCUCGCAUGAGCUGCCCUGUGUGCCGCGGUUCUGCCCGAGUCAUAGCUCGCUUCUCGUAUAGAGCUGACUACGAGACGCCAGGUCCUUCGCAGCCAACCUCUGAGCAUCCCUCCCGAGCAGCGUCGGAGGAGAGCCGUGCGACAGAUGCAGGCGCGCGCACGCCCACACGUAGACCCGAGACCUACGAAAUGAACACUCCGCCUCCAGCCGCCGCAGCUGAUGAGGAGCCUGGAGAGUCCCCGUACAACUUCGAAGCCUUCCACGCUAGCCGCAUUUUCCCAUGGUGGCCCAGUGUUCCUGAGUGCGAGGGCUCCCAGGCCAUGGUCCUGCAUAGCACUAGCCACCAAGACUACCAAUGCAUCCUAAUUGAUCCUGGUGCCUACACCAACCUUGCAGGUCUCCGCUGGGUACGCCAAUUGGCCCACAAGUGCAGCAGCCUUGGACUUCCGGUCACGCAACGGCAGCUGAACGCACCCCUUUCCAUAGCAGGUGUAGGACAAGGUACCCAGCAAUGCACUUGGUCAGUGAAGCUGCCCAUUGGUGUUCAUGCCAUCAAGGAUGGAGAGGAAUGCAACUCCAGAUGCCAUUUUGAGGCACCUGUUGUGGGUGGUACAGGAGCGGGCCUACCCGCUCUCCUUGGCCUUCGUUCCCUCCGCGCCAAGAAUGCCAUUUUAGUCUUAAGUGAACAAGAUGAGGAUCUCAAGCUUCUGAUCCCGGGCCCUGGAGGAUGGGAGUAUGAGAGAGUCCAGGUUCUGUCGAGCAUCCACUCAUGA